AUGGUGAACAUUACAGAAAAGAUCAAGGAGAUCGAGGAGGAGAUGAGAAAAACACAGAAAAACAAGGCGACUGAAUACCAUUUGGGUCUCUUGAAAGGAAAGCUCGCACGUCUCCGAGCACAGCUACUAGAGCCAGGGCCUGGAGCCGGUGGUGGUGGUGGCUCUGGGUUCGACGUGAGCAAAAGUGGUGAUGCCCGAAUAUCUCUAGUUGGCUUUCCCUCCGUAGGAAAGUCGACGUUUUUAUCCAAAGUCACCAAGACCCGAUCCGAAGUAGCCUCAUAUGCAUUCACAACCCUCACAGCCAUCCCCGGAGUGCUGGAAUACGGCGGUGCUGAAAUUCAGCUGCUCGAUCUGCCAGGUAUUAUCGAGGGUGCCUCCGAGGGCAAGGGACGAGGCCGACAGGUUAUUUCAGCUGCCAAGACGAGCGAUCUGAUUCUCAUGAUCCUAGACGCAACGAAGCGAGCUGAGCAAAGAGCUCUGCUAGAGGCAGAACUGGAAGCUGUUGGCAUCAGGUUGAAUCGCGAGCCCCCAAACAUCUAUCUCAAAGUCAAAACAGCAGGUGGCAUGAAGAUCACGUUUCAAUCUCCACCCAACAGGCUGGACGAGAAGAUGGUCUUCAACAUCCUCCGCGACUACAAAAUCCUCAACUGCGAAGUGCUCAUCCGGGACCCAGAGGCCACCGUUGACGACCUCAUCGACAUCAUCAUGAAGGACCACCGCAAGUAUAUCAAGUGCCUGUACGUCUACAACAAGAUUGACAGCGUCUCGCUCGACUUUCUCGACAAGCUCGCCAGGGAAGAUCACACAGUCGUCAUGAGCUGUGAGCUGGACCUUGGCAUCCAAGACGUCAUCGACAGGUGCUGGAAGGAGCUCAAGCUGAUUCGCAUUUACACCAAGCGAAAGGGCACCGACCCAGACUUUAGCGAGGCCUUGAUUGUGCGGAGUAACAGCACCAUUGAGGACGUGUGCGACAGGAUCCAUCGUACGCUAAAGGACACGUUCAAGUACGCCCUUGUUUGGGGCGCCAGCGCGAGACACAUACCUCAGAGAGUGGGAUUAGGGCAUCCCGUUGCGGAUGAAGAUGUCGUGUACAUUGUGACGGCGUGGAAAGCAUAG